UUAGCCCCUCCCACAAGCCCAAGGGUCUGUUAUAUCUCUGAUCCUUGAGUACCUCUCUCACUAAGACCGACCACAGCAAUCCAGGCUGGAAAAACAAAAAACAGAAAACAAAACUAAGAAAGAGGAAGGAAACAAAAGCUGCUACUUAUGGAAGAUAUAGAAGAUUCUGAAUUGAAGAAAUUUUGCUCCAAAAACAUCCUGGUCAUCCUUGGUUUCUCCUCUAUCAUAGCUGUGAUAGCGUUGAUUGCUGUGGGGAUGACCCAGAACAAACCAUUGCCAGAAAAUGUUAAGUAUGGGAUUGUGCUGGAUGCAGGCUCUUCUCACACAAACUUGUACAUCUAUAAAUGGGCAGCUGAAAAGGAGAAUGACACAGGAGUGGUGCGCCAGAUAGAAGAAUGUAAAGUGAAAGGUCCUGGAAUCUCAAAAUAUGUCCAGAAACCAAAUGAAUUAGACAUGUACCUGACUGAAUGCAUGGAAAAGUCCAAAGAAGUGAUCCCAAGUUCUCAACAUCAGGAUACACCUGUUUAUCUGGGAGCCACAGCAGGCAUGCGGUUACUCAGAAUGGAAAAUGAACAGUCGGCAGAAAGGGUCCUGGCUGCAGUGUCAAGGAGCCUUAGCAACUACCCCUUUGACUUCCAGGGUGCACGGAUUAUCACUGGCCAAGAAGAAGGUGCCUAUGGAUGGAUUACCAUCAACUAUCUGCUGGGCAAAUUCACUCAGAAAUUGAGUUGGCUCAGCUUCAUUCCACAAAGUCAGGAAACCUUUGGAGCUCUGGACCUUGGGGGAGCCUCUACACAAAUCACUUUUGUACCCCUAAACUACACUGUGGAGUCUCCCGAAAACUCUCUGCAAUUUCGUCUUUAUGGCAAAGACUACACUGUAUACACACACAGCUUCUUGUGCUACGGGAAAGAUCAAGCACUCUGGCAGAAACUGGCCAAGGACAUUCAGGUUUCAAGUAGCAGAACCAUCAGGGACCCAUGCUUUCACUCUGGAUAUGAGAAGACAAUGAAUGUAAGUGAGGUCUACAAGAGCCCCUGCACCAACAGGCUCCAGAAAACGCUGCCAUUUGAUCAGUUUCAAAUCCAGGGUACUGGAGACUAUCAAAAAUGCCAGCAAAGUAUCCUUGAGCUCUUCAACACCAGUUACUGCCCUUACUCAAGCUGUGCCUUCAAUGGGAUUUUCUUGCCACCACUCCAAGGGAAUUUUGGGGCAUUUUCAGCUUUCUAUUUUGUGAUGGAUUUUUUAAACUUAACAUCGGAAAAAGUGUCCUCUGAGGAACAGAUGAUUGAGAUAAUGGGAAAUUUCUGCUCUAAGUCCUGGGAGGAGGUAAAGACAUCUUUUCCUGAAAUAAAGGAGAAAUACCUGAGUGAAUACUGCUUUUCUGGGGCCUACAUCCUCUCCCUUCUUCUGCAAGGCUAUCAUUUUACAAAUGAUUCCUGGGAGCAAAUUCAUUUUAUGGGCAAGGUCGAGGGUAGCAACGCCGGCUGGACUUUGGGCUAUAUGCUGAAUCUGACCAACAUGAUCCCAGCUGAGCAACCACCAUCUGCACGUCUCCCACAUUCCACUUACAUCUUCCUCAUGGUCCUCUUCUCCCUGAUCCUGGUUGCAGUGUUCAUCACAGGCAUAUUUAUCUGUAACAAGCCUUCCUACUUCUGGAAAGAAAUGGUAUAGCACGAGCAGCUGAAAUCUGCUGUCUGGAAUAAGUAACAACAACAACAAUAACUUGUCCAAGGAGUACUUCCUUCCAGGCAGCAGAAUGCAAGAUUAUCCUUCCCUGAUUUCCAGGGCCAAUCUAGACCAGCCUGAGGCUUCCUUCGUUUUUACUGAAGCCUUUUCUUGGGAAGUGUUUCACAACCCCUGCCUCAUGAGCCUCCUGGCAGAUAACUGUAUCUUGUCUGUCUUUCCCAGUCACCUCUUUCUCUGUUGUACUUUAUUCUUGUAUAGGUUAUAAAGACCUGCCACCUUUCAUGAUGUUUGCUUUAUAAACGAACAAUACUGACUGAACAAUACUGAAGUAAGAGUUCUGAGUCCCAUGCCAGGAAUCAGAGGUAGUUAAAAGAACCUCAGAAACUGGCUCACUCAGAAUCUUUAUGAAUCUCUCCCUUCCUCAUUCCUUCUUGCAAAAAAAAAAGCCAUAUAAUGCCUUUGGAAAGGACAGACAUAAAUCCCAUUCUCAGUCUUAGCCAAAGAGUUUUGAAAGGAAAUAUACAUUUGUGCAUCUAAUACAAUUGUUAAUCCCCUUAAAAUUGGUACGUCAGUUAAUUAUAAUUUCCUGGGUGAGGCCAGGAUGCUACCAGGUAGAACACUUGGACCAGAGAUUUUUUUUAAAAAAUCAGAUGAACAUACGAAUAUUUAGAUGUAAAAGAAUAUUAAGUUGUAGAUGUUAGGAAGAAAAAUUCAGUCAUGACUCAGGGUCAGG